UUGGUUUUCAAUUUUUGAUAUAGUCAAGUGAACCUAAUUUAUUUUUUAUUUCUUAUUAUUUUCUAUUCAUUGUUUUAUGGAUCAAAACUAAACGUUUUAUUGGUUUAUUUAAAAAAAAAAACAGCUGGAAAUAUACAAUAUGGGAAGGUCUAGGUUAGAAACGAACUUUCGAAGAUUACUAGCAAGAUGUGAAAUAAUGGCAAAAGAAUAUUCUUCAGAUGAUUGGAGAUUGGAAAAAUUUAUCAGCACAUUAGAAGAAAUGUUGAUUGAGCUGGAAAAAACUCACACUUCUCCAGGGAAGGAAACACUUUCAAGUUAUAUGCGGAGAAUAGAUUUCCUUAAAGGCUUGAUGGACACAACUAAAAUGACAAAUCCUGUUGAAAAAGUUGUCGCUUCCCAACUUCUCAGCCCUCUCCCUGAUAGUAUAUCUAAAGAAACACACCAGAAGACUGUAACAAAAUAUACAAAAGAGCUUAGAGAUGAACUUUUGGGAGAAAAGGACGGCCUUCGUCAAAGACAGUCCAUGUCAUCUAGCGAAGAUAUGGAUGCUCUACUGAAGUACCACCAUAAUAUGCAUGAAAAAAUUGCAGAAAACAUGUUGAGUCUGGCAAAAAACAUGAAGGAGAAAUCACAGCUUGCUGGUGAAAUUAUAAAAAGAGAUAUAGAGACUGUAGACAAGUCAUCGAAUCUGGCAGAAAAGAAUUUCUCUCAGCUGAAGGUAGAAUCAGAGAGACUGCAGGAGCAUAGUCGCCGUGCUUGGAAAUGUUGGAUGUGGGUGAUGUUAGUCGUCGUCAUUGUAAUAUUUAUAAAUAUGGUACUCUUUAUGAAAGUAAUGAAGAAAAGAAAGUACUGAACUUUUAUUUAUGCAUAAUUAAAAAUAUUAUUAAUACACAAUAAAAUAUUUAUAUUGUCA